ACAUCGGUAACGUCGCAACAAAAACAACAACAACGAAACGGUACAUCAAAUGUAUAAUGGGCAGUCAACAAGUUGUUUGCUGUUGUGCUCUUGUGCUCUUGCCGUGAUUCCAACUGACCGACAACUUUGUUUCUGCUCGUUCAGUGCGAGAGACUAUGUCAAGUGUGAAGUGUAGAUACGUGCGUGCCUAUUAUUGUCUUUCAACUUUAUAUAUUUUUGUUUUGUUUAUGUUUUUGUUGUAUUUUGUUUUCGUGAUUUAUUGAAGCAGUGCAUCGAGUAUUGUCGCCUAGCGGUCAACAGACAAAUACGCAUAAUCGCAAUCCAAAUUCCAUUCCGUUCGCGAACCGCGACUCAUUUGGCUCACCAGAGGAACAGAGAGACGGCGGAACGAGAGCGGCGACCUGCUGGUCGUGAUAAAAAGCGCUGCGCUAGUACUAGUAUUCAUGGGGCAUGGAAAUGAAUCAUUCCACUCGGCCCGUCUCGUUCCCGUACUAAAAUAAAAAAAGACAAAACAAAACGUAAAAGAACAAGAGAGCGAGCACCAAUCAUAAAUAAAUAAAGUGUAUGUGUCCCAAGCUCAGCGAAACGAUAAGAGUAGUUGCAAAUACAGCCCCGCGCCGGACCCGGACCCGCUGCCUUUCCCACUCCCGGAUUCCCUAUGUAUCAAUUGCUUCGCGUUGCAGUUGCCGUUGCAGUUGCGCGUAGGCUGCCGCAAAAGUGGCCAAUGAGUGCAGUUCGUUUUUUUUAAUGUGAGCGUGAGCGUGCCUCUCUGUGUAAGUGUGUGUGAGUGUCGUGCACAGGUUGAACAGUUUCGUGUUAAAUGUGGGCCAGCGGCGACAACAACAAACAGCGACACAAAUUUCGCAUAAUUGCAUAGAAAUUUACAGCUGUCCAGCGAAAAGCGAAAGUCCUUGGCCAUGGAGAAGGCGGGCACGCAGACGCGUCCAGUGCCGGCGCCGCGUCGCCUCUACCCGGAGAUUCGCGCCGCCAACUAUGAGAAUAUUGAGAUCAAUGUGGGCAGCAAUACGAUUAAUCGCAGCCCAGCGAACGGAAACAACAUCAACAGCAACAACAACAACAACAACAACAUUGGCAUCUGUAGCAAUAGCAAUAGCAAUAAGAAGAAGCUCAACAUAAACGCAGAGAAUCUGCACGGCGGCUGCGCGGAGAAGAAGCUGCCGGCCAGCGGGCAAAGUAAACUGAUACUGCAGGAGCAGAACGUGGAGCAGCCGAUCUAUGGGCCGGAUGCCAAUGAGAAUGUGCCUGCCGAGCCGUUGUAUGCCACUCCCAGGCCGGCGCCCAGGCAGCGAGCGCGGGCUGAGCUGCUGCCAGCGGCUGAAGAGGAGGAGGAGGAGGAGAGGAAGGCGGCGGUGCAGGAGCAGCAGCGACCGGCAACAGCAGUGCCUUUGGUGACACGUGCAGCCCCACAGGUGCCAUCGAAGCCGCUAAACAUUGAGCUGGAUCGCCGGAGGCCCGAGCGCUGCUCCAUCUCCAGCGAGUUCUCCACGACGAGCGUCAGCGGUGCGAACGGUCAGCUGGAGAACGAUUCCCGGUACACGUCCAGUGGGUCGCUGAACUGCAGCGAGAGCUCGCAGAGCGGCAAGUUCAAGUCGCCGUCACCCGGGUACGUAGACGAGGGCGAGCAGGUGGCUGAAGAUCAAGAGCAAGAUCAUGGGCGUGAUCUUGAGGGCGAUUACGAAACGAACACGGAAACAGAAACAGAAACGGAGGCAGAGGCGGAGGCGGAGGCAGAACGUGCCGCCUCGUCCGAUCAGUCGGAGCUCUCCGCCAGCUGUGACGAUGACAAAAAUUUGCUACGUUCGCUGGGCAACACGUCGAAGCUGCUCGGCGAGGCGAUUGGCGAGCGGGUGGCCUUCAAGGCAAAGGGCGCCAAGAAGCGUCUGGACAAGAAUCUGAAGAGCUCCACGGAGGCCAUAAGCAGUCUCAGCGCCGACGCCAGCAGCCGGCUGAAGCACGCCGGCAAACGAUUCGGCUCCAAUUUCUCGCUGGGCAGGAGGGAGAAGACAACGGGAACGGCAACAGGAGCGGGAACGGGUGCCUUAUCCGAACUGGAGCAACAAAUGGAGCUAGACCGACGCUGCACCAUGCCCAACACGGACGUCUUCAACACGAUUCAGUUCAGCAGUCCGCUGCACCGCAAUGCCGUCGGCGGUGCCCACACGGAUCUCAGUGGCGCCGGCGGCGACGGCGUCGUCCGAUAUGAGAAGCAAACGUGUCCCGAUGAGCAGGAGUACGAGGUGCCCAAGUCCAAGGCGAAACCCAAGAUCAAGUCCAAGCCGCCCAGCUACGAUGAGGCGCUGCGCUCUCGUCCCGCGCCCCAUUUGCCGCUGGCCAAGAAUCUGGCGCAGGAAGCCGCUCAGGUGGUGCAGUUGCGCAAUCCCCAGCCGCAGCGGCAGUCCAGCAGCGGCGACUCCACGGGCGAGGAGCUGCCCAUGCCGACCUUUCCUGCGCCGCGCCUCUCACAACAGUUGGACGCAGUGCAGCCGCCGGCGCGCCAUAAGCGCCGCAAGAACUACGAGAACAUCCAGCUGCGUCGGCCCAAUGUGGACUCGGCCGAGCUGCAGGAGCUCAACCGGGUAGCAGCCGUGGCCGAGCGCGAGGAAUCGCUGCUCAUCUCUGCCAACAUCGCCGCCGAGGAGGCCCGUGCGCCCAAGCCCGAGCGCAGCGAUUCCUGGCACUUCUACGGCGACGCAAACGACCCCGACCCUGACCCCAAUCGCCACCCCGAUGGGGAGCCAGAGCCAGAGCUGGAGACAGGCGCGGAGUGCGACUCCUGCUCUUCGCCAGAGCCGCUGUACGCCAACCAUGAGGCCACCUACGGCAAGCUCUGCGAAAUGGGCACCAGCAGCACCAGCCGCAGCAAGCUGCUGACGCCCCAGGUGGAGCUGGCCUGCAUCAGCGAGGACGGGGAGCUGGACAGCAACGAUGGCGCCGUUGGGGGCUGGUCGUCGCCACCGCCACAGCCGCCGCCGCUGGAGCUGAUCGAGGAGUUCGAUCCGCUGAUGAGCAAGUGCUCGACCCUGGCCCGCUCCAACAAGAGCAACGAGCUGCUGCUGCUCGAGCACCUGCUCGAGGAGGACACCUACGGCACCAUCAAGCGCGAGCAGGACGAUGUGAGCAUGUGCACCUCCGAGGAGGAUGGCCGCAACGAGGCCCCUGCCGCCAAUGGCAAUGGCAGUGGAGGACCCACGACAUCAGCUGCCGCUGCUGCGGCUGCAACUGCGACAGCAGCACGCAAUCAGCCGCAGAUUGUGCACCAGAAUGCGCAGCUGCUGAGCGACAGCAUGGAGAACAUGCUGGAUGACGCGGACGCACUGGACGUCUCGGAGCUGCGCGCCCGGCCCUACCUCAGUCGCGUGGAGGAGAAGCCAGCGGCCAACCAGGCAACUGUGGACCUGGCAGUGCCGUCGCGCAAUCGCACCAAUUGGUUCGUGGGCGACAAGGCCCAGGCCCCGGCGCAGGCGCAUAUCGAGGGCGACAGUCCGCCAACCUACUUGGAGGCCAUUGGGGGCGACGGCCAGCCCGUGGCCAGCGCGGCGGCAAGCGGCAGCAGCUCGGAGUCGCGAAACACGUUCGGCUCACGGUUCCGGCAGACGAUGAACGCCUUCUCCAAUGUGAAGCUACGCGUGGACGCCAUGAAGCGGCGGGCCAGCUUCAAGGCCGCCGCCCAGCGGCAGUCGGAUGUGAAGGUGGCGCUGCAGAUGGUGCCCAGGCCGAGCCUGUCGCCGCUGCUGGUGCGCUACGAGGGGCCCCUGGUGCGAUUCCCGUCGGGCGUCGUCGAGGACAUACUGAAGGAGAUGCAGAACCGCAAGGCCAUAUUGCGGGAUCGACAGUUCCAGACGUACCUCGACCAGGAGAUGAAGACGCCCAAGGAGCUCAUUCCCCUGGAGACCAUCACGACGAUACAGUGCGUCAGCAAUAGCCGCGUCACCGACAGCGCGACGCACUUCUACUGCUUCGAGCUGACCACGUCGCAGCCAAAGAACGGUGCCAGUGGCGUCGAUGGCAUGUCCUCCAAUCCCAAUCUCCUGAUGACGAGCAACAACUGCGGCAACGUGAAGCAGCUGCGCGUCGCCCAUCUCUACGGCGUUGGCAAAGAGUCCGAGCGCGGCGUCUGGAUGCAAAAGAUACUCGAGAGCCUCACGAACAUUGUGCCCGUGAAAUACACCUGCCACUACUAUCGCGCCGGCUGGUGCUACUUAAAGAAUUCCAUCACCUCCGAGUGGAGCGGCACCUGGCUGGUGCUGCGCAAGAGCCAGCGUCGCCUCAUCUUUGUCAGCGAGUCCAAUGGGAAUGUAGAGAAAAUGGACCUGAGAAAGGCGCGCUGCAUAGUUCUGAAAGAGAACGACGAGUCGAUUGACAAUCUGCACGUGGAGAGCGGGCCAAUCCUGAUGAUCGACUGUCCGCCGUACGCUGUCUACAUGAUAAUGAGCUCGGCGCGCGAGACUAAGAUCUGGCGACACAUCAUCCGGGAGGUGGCGCACAAUAACGGCUUCUCCCUGGGCGAUCAGCAGCUGACGCGCUACGAUGUGCCCGUGAUUGUGGACAAGUGCAUUAACUUCGUGUACAUCCAUGGCUCCAUGUCGGAGGGCAUUUACCGGAAGUCGGGCUCCGAGAACUCCAUGCACAAGCUGAUGAGCGCCUUCCGUGCGGACGCCUUCAACGUGGAGAUCACACGGAACGAGUACAACGAGCACGACGUGGCCAACGUGCUGAAGCGCUUCAUGCGCGAUCUGCCGGAACGGCUGCUGGGCAAGCUGACGGACAGCUUCGUGUUUGUCACCGAGCUGGCCGUGGCCAGCGAGAAGAUACCCAUCUACAAGGAGCUGCUCAGCCGGCUCAGUACCAUCGAGCACGAGACGCUGCGGCGCAUUGUCGGCCAUUUAGUGUUCAUCAGCUCGCAGCAGAGCAAGAACAAGAUGAGCGUACAGAAUCUUACCAUGAUAUGGGGCCCCACGCUGCUGGCCAAGAAGAGCGACGAGCUUAUCUACUCCCAGAAGGAGGCCGAUGUGCUCAGCGAUCUGAUUCUCCUCUACAAGAAUCUAUUUCCCUGCGGUGCGGAGGAAAUGAAAAAGGAGCAAGCGAUGCUAAUGUGCCUGCAAAAAUACUAUGCUGCCGCCGAGACACUAAAGGAUGCUGUAAAGCAGUCGGGCGACAUCAAGAUCUGGAUAAGUCUCAAUCCCAACCCGGACAAUACCACAGAGGAGAAGACUCAGGUAAAUGCCACAAUUUCGCCCACAAAGACCGCCUAUGAGCUGUGCCGCGAAUACUCGGCCAAGAUGGGCCUGCCCACGCAUCAGCUGACGCUGUACGAGGUCAUACUGAACGACAGCCUGGAACGGCCGCUGCACCAUGACACCAAGGUGUUCGAUGUCAUCCUGAACUGGUCCUACUGGCCGGAGGAGGAUCGCAAGCACAACUAUCUGGUGGUGCGGCCCAUCGAGAUGCUGCGCGAGGUGCAGCGCGCUAUCAAGAAUUUGGCAACGGUGACGCCUGGCAAGGAGCUGCGCUUCGCUGACUACCGCACCAAAACCUUCAAGCCGCUGCAGUGCGAGCUGCGCGACGGCAAAAUUGUUGUCUCCAAGAAGGACAAGAACGACAAGACGAGCAUUGUCCGCGAGAUCUUUCUGCAUAGCUCCACGGCGUACUUGGGAUGCGAGCGCAAGCGCGACUUUCCCUGGAGCUGGGCCAUCACGUUCGUGGAGCGCACUCAAGCGCAAAUUAUGCGUUCACGCGAUGCACCGUACAUUGGACACGUGUUGGCGGGCAGCGAAUGGGUCGAUCGCACCAUCUGGUAUUCGAGCAUUUGGUACUGUCUAUACGGCGACAACAUAUUGCCACCCGCAGAGAUUAUCAUCAAGUGAAAGCUGAACAGCCAAGCAUUCGCUUGAUUGCCAACCCAAUCUGCCUGCUUCAGCAUUUAAAUGAUAGCCAAUCAUGAGUGCAAUUUUCCACUUUCUCAUUCGUGCGUCAACUAUUUUGUAUGGCAUACUCUUGGCCGCCAAUUAACUAUUAGACAGUCCGAAAAGUAUGCAAUACGUAUAUAUGUUUGCAGAGCUCAUUUGAAAUGGAAUUUGCAAGCAUGGCUGAUAUAUAUUUUUAUUACACCAAUUUUUUUUUUUUAUAGUUUAAGUAUAGCUUGCAAUAUCGCUUAGCUCGUAAGCGCGUUAUUUUGUAGAUACUUGGAAUUUAUUUUAGCUACAUGCAUAGAUACUUGUAUACAUACAUACAUGUGCUAUGUAUGUAUAUUAUGUGUAAACGUAUUUCGUAUUUCUACUCAAAUUCGAUUUUCUCACACGAUCGUGAUAGCAAAUGUACUAAGAACUUGUCAAGAGAUAUUUGUCAUUUGUGCAAUGCGAAGAAUAAAAGGGACCUAGCCUAGACUA